AUGGCCUCUACCUUUGACGACAGUCUCUUCACAUCUGCUCUCACAUCGUCCCGGAAUGUCUUUUUGGCCAACAAUGCGCACCUCCCCGAGUCGGAACGUGAACAGCUCUGGGGUCAACUCCUUAUCUCAUUUAUGCCUCACCGAAAUGUACUCAGCGGUAACACGUUGAAAACCCUCGACGGGAGUGGAACUUCCGACACUUUUGGGAAACGGUCUCGGGAAGAUGUGCCUCGCACGAUUCCUUCAACACUACCCCCAGCAAAACGGCGAGCCAUCACUCCGGAACCUCCAACGGUGGCAGAUGUAAAUAGACCGGUUCCUGAACGCGAGUCUCCUGCUCCCAUCCAUCAAAAUCGCCGCCUUUCGAUUCGAGCACAGAAUGGAAACUCACCACUCCAGAAAGCCGGGAUGCUUACCACCGUUUCACCUCCACAACCGCAAGCUAUCCCCGCUUCCGCUACCGCGCCACGGACACCUUUGGCUUCCGAGAAACGUUAUUCCCUUCAAAUCCAACAACUCAACAUGAACAAUGUCAACGAAUAUUCUCCAUCGGAGUUCACCCAGCAACAGUCUUUGGAUAACCUUUCCGACUCGCUAUUCAUGUUUGAGCCUGGCUCCGAUUCCUCCCCGUUGAACAACGAGAAAUGCCAGUAUACCACCUCUGAUUGUUUGAUUCCCCCUACAUCUCAAAAUUACCCGCAAUGUAGUUCGACCACAGCUGUUGAGAUGAGUCGAACUGCAACAGCAGACUCUCUCUGCGGAGGAAUGGGCAUGAUCCGUUUCGAUUCGACCGGAUCAGUCUCUAAUAAUCUGGCAAAGCUAGAUAAUAAUCCAUCUUCUCGUAUCUCUCAUCAGUCAUUAAACUUAAACAAUGACCUCAAUUAUUGCAUUGCCCCAUCUCCUAUUUCAAAUUUUCGUUCUGGUAACAUGAAUAAUGUUCACUUUUCUCAGUCGUUGCCUGAAUCCAGGCUUCCUUUCCCUAGCAUUUCUCCUUCUACUUCCCUUGCUUGUUCGCCGUCAUCCCCCACACCCCUUUCUUUAACCCCUUCAUCUUCAGAGAUGAAGCAUUCUUUGUCCAGCGCGAGCGAUAGCUCGUCGCUGUCGAAUCAGUCAAGGGCUGUGCGGAGGACUCAGGAGCAAAUUGUGCAAGGCACACGGCCCAUCGCGCCAAAACAAGACAAGAAAUAUGCUUCGCACUCAAAAGUUGCGGAGCACAAAAUGCUUAGGAUAUCGUCGGGCGAUGGCACAUCACGAGAAGUAGCGGCAAUCCCAAAAGCGUCUGUUCGCCGUCCCAUGAGAACAAAGACGUACUGUAGUUACUGCAACGAGCAACCAGAGGGCUUUCACGGCGAACACGAACUGAGAAGGCACAUUGAACGUGUCCACUCAGUGGUCCGCAAGGUCUGGGUCUGCGUUGACAUUUCCCCUGACAAACAGUUUCUCGCCAACUGCAAAGCAUGUCGUAACGGGAAGCGCUACGGUGCCAACUACAACGCGGCAGCUCACCUUCGACGGACUCACUUCAACCCAUGUCAGCGUGGGCGUGGGGGCCGCGGCAAAGACAGCGAAAAACGCGGUGGUAAAGGCGGUGGGGUUCUUCCUCCCAUGGAUGUGCUAAAGCAUUGGAUGGAGCAGCGAGAAGAAUAUGUCAUCGACAACGUCAUCGACAGUGACAACGUGGCCGAGGAAACCCUCGAUGCUAGGUCCUCCGAACCUAACGACGACAUGGACAGCAAAAAUGUGUCCCCAGCACAGCAAGACCACCAAACCGCAACCACGUUCACGAGUCAAUCUGGCCAGGUUUCCAUCGCUCCAGAAGCACCAGAUCUCUACUCAACGAUGCUAAUUGAUUUUCAUAACAGCAUGAACGGGUCCUCUUCGAACUGGGAUCUCUGCGGUCAUGGAUUCCCCAGUGGACAUGACAGUGUUGAGCAAAUGUCGAUGAAUGUUCUAGAUUCAUCCUUAUUCGACCCGUCUCUUUUCGAUGCUCAGCAGUUGCAUGAGCUCGAUCCUUUUAUUCCUGUUAUGCUGUAG